AUGACCAAGGCCCAGGACUCCUUAUCAUUUGAGGAUGUGGCUGUGGGCUUCACCUGGGAGGAGUGGCAGUUGUUGGAUCCCUUUCAGAAGGACCUGUACAAGGACGUGAUGUUGGAGAACUACAGCAACCUGGUGUCAGUGGGAUAUCAAGCUACCAAACCAGACUCAAUCUUCAAGUUGGAGCAAGGAGAAACACCAUGGAUCGUGGAGGGAGUAACCUGUAGCUGGCCUAGUCCAGAAGAGCAACCACAUAAAUGCAGUGAAUGUGGGAAAGUUUUCUCCAAAAGGCCACUGCUUUUGUACCAUCAGAGAAUUCAUAUAGGAGAUAAACCCUAUGUGUGCAGUGAAUGUGGGAAAGCCUUCACUUGGGAGAGCCGCCUCAGGAGACAUCAGCGAUCGCAUAUUGGAGAGAAACUCUACAGAUGCAAUGAGUGUGGGAAAUCAUUUUCCCAGAAGGCGUACCUCAUUGUACACCAGAGACUUCACACAGGAGAGAAGCCUCAUGAAUGCAGUGAGUGUAGAAGAAGCUUUGCUUUUAAGUCAGCCCUGACCAAGCAUCAAAGAAUCCACACAGGAGAGAGACCUUAUGAGUGCAGUGAGUGUGAAAAAGCCUUCAGGUGCAAGUCCGAGCUCAUUCAGCAUCAGCGAACUCAUAACAGGGAGAGGCCGUAUGAGUGCAGUGAGUGCAGGCGAACCUUCCUUUUUGAGGCAGCCCUGACCAAUCAUCAGAGAAUUCAUACAGGAGAGAGACCUUAUGAGUGUAGUGAGUGUGAGAAAGCCUUCAGAAGCAAGUAUAAGCUCAUGCAACAUAAGCAGACUCACACCAGAGGGAGACCGUAUGGGUGCAGUGACUGUGGCAAAUCUUUUACCCACAUGUCAUUCCUCAUUAAACAUAAGAAAACUCAUACAAAAGAGAAAGCAGUAAAUUCAUCGAAGGUGGGAAAACCAUCCUCAGGGAAUCACAGCUCUUUAUGUAAGAGUGAACUCCUACGGGAAUUGAACCCCAUGAAGCCUGUACCCAUGGAAAUGCCUUAUUCAGGAGCUCAGCCUUAA